GUUGUCCUCGCAGCCAGGAACCAUGGCGUGGCACCUGCCCUUCCUCCUGGUGGCCACAGUGACCCUGCCUUCCAUCUGCGCCCACUUCAACCCCCUGUCCCUGGAGGAGCUGGGCUCCAACACGGGGAUCCAGAUCUUCAACCAGAUCGUCAAGGCCCGGCCGCAUGACAACAUCGUGGUGUCACCCCAUGGGAUCGCGUCCGUCCUGGGGAUGCUGCAGCUGGGAGCUGACGGCAGGACCAAGAAGCAGCUCACCUUGGUGAUGAGAUACAGCGUGAAUGGCGUGGGGAAGCACCUGAAGAAGAUCAACAAGGCCAUCAGCUCCAAGAAGAACAAGGACAUCGUGACGACAGCCAACGCCGUGUUUGUCCGUGACGGCUUCCGGAUGCAGCCGCCCUUCGUGGCCCGCAACAAGGACGUGUUCCAGUGUGAGGUUCGCAACCUGGACUUUGGGAACCCGGCCGCUGCUUGCGACUCCGUCAACGCCUGGGUCAAGAAUGAGACCAGGGGCAUGAUCGACAGCGUGCUGUCCCCCGACCUCAUCGAUGAGAUGUUCACCCGCCUCGUCCUGGUCAACGCCGUGUAUUUCAAGGGCUUGUGGAAGUCGCGCUUUCCUCCGGAGAACACCAAGAAGCGCACGUUUACGGCAGCCGAUGGGAAGUCUUACCAAGUGCCCAUGCUCGCCCAGCUCUCCGUGUUCCGGUGCGGGUCCACCAGCACCCCGGGUGACUUGUGGUACAACUUCAUCGAGCUGCCGUACCACGGGGAGAGCAUCAGCAUGCUGAUUGCACUGCCCACAGAGAACUCCACCCCGCUCUCCGCGCUCAUUCCUCACAUCAGCACCAAGACCAUCGACAGCUGGAUGAGCAUCAUGGUACCCAAGAGGGUGCAGGUCAUCCUGCCCAAGUUCUCAGCUGAAGCACAAACAGAUUUGAAGGAACCUCUAAAAUAUCUUGGCCUCACCGACAUGUUUGAUCCGUCAAAGGCAAAUUUUUCGAAAAUAACAAAGUCAGAAAACCUUCACGUUUCUCACAUCUUGCAAAAAGCGAAAAUCGAAGUCAGUGAAGAUGGAACCAAGGCUUCAGCAGCAACAACUGCGAUUCUCAUUGCCCGGUCAUCACCCCCCUGGUUUAUCGUAGACAGGCCUUUUCUAUUUUUCAUCCGACAUAAUCCCACCGGUGCUGUCUUAUUCAUGGGGCAGAUCAACAAACCCUGACGAGCUCACGAGGGAAUCCCUGCACCGCGAAGACUCCUUUGCUCCCCUCCUACGUCUUCCAUAGUUCUGUUCAAUAUUUUUGUACAUUACCUUCUUUUCCACAUACACCUGUCGGAACAGAGUCUCAGUGACGCCAGGGAUUCGAUUCUGGGAUGGGUUUGAGAGUGGAGGGAAAGACAGAAGGGCUCGACACUGCACUGAAAAACCUGCAGAGUGUCUCAAAGAUUCUUUUCAACUACUGAGCGGUCACCUAGCCUAGCAACCCUCUUGAGGAUUUAACUGUCCAGGAGUUUUGUUCUGUUUCUACAUGGGCUUUUCAGGAGAAACUUAAUCAGUGUAACACAGGGAUGGGGCGGGGAGGCGGACGGUGGGAGGAAAGACAUUUUAUGGUAGCUUUUACUUUUUUUUAUAAAAACGUUAUUGGCCUUUGAAACUUUUUUUUUUUUUGGUCCCAUCCAAAGUCUUGCUCAUAGUCAGCAUUAUUUGGGGGGAAGGGGGAUAGAAAUAGUGAGCUCUUUAGCCUCUCCGUGUUUUUGUUGUUUUAUAGGAUGCAUGUAUUCACUAAAAAUCAAGUCUGCAAAGCUAAUGAUGUCUUGCUAGACCGGGUUUGCUGUCGUGCAGUGUGCCUGUUGCUACUGGUCUGUAUUCUUGGGAUUUGCAUUUUUUGUAUUUUGUACAAAGUAAAAAUAAAGUGUUAUGAGUAGUAAAAAAAAAAAAA